UAAUGAUGAAUGAUACUGAAUCUACACACUGACUGUAAAAUCAACAGUGUUUCCAGCUGUUGUUUUUGUGUUUGGCAUCACUGUGGUAGACAACACAAUGAGUGAACUCAACAGCAAGGAUUGUAACUCAGAUGCUGUGAUAGUUGGAAGUUGCUUGGCUGUUGUUAUAUUGAUUAUCUCAACAAUUGCGGUUCAUUACUACUUAAAAUCAAAGAAAACUACUGGUAACAUUGGAAGAAUCAAGAAUGUGACCUCAGUUAAUUACAAGAAUAAUAAGAUUACAACUACCCAACCCAAGAAUGAGAACAACACACCACAAUAUUUAAACCCUGCAAACAAACAACAAGCAGGAGACAAUGAAGUUGGUUAUAUUGAUCUGAAUGCAGGAGAACCAAUACCUAAUGAUGAUGUCAUAGUUCGGAAUUAUGAGGUGGUAAAGACAGAUUAUGAAGAAAUAAUGCAAAGUAACAAGAAACCAAAGAAUGAAAUGAAUGAAUAUGAUCUUUAAUAUGCAACAACAU